UAUGGACAGAGACAAAUCCUUCGAACAAAAAUAUUUGGAACGAAAAUUUGUUGGAGAAAAGUACCAAAUUGACAAAAAAAUGAUUAAAUUUAACAAAGAACUUCGAAAUAUUGAGAAAAAUCGUCAUACACCUUCGCAUUGGUCUUAUUAUUUUCAUUGUGUUUAUCCUGGAUAUCAAAAUGCUUAUUAUCCCGAAACUUUACAAGCAAAUUCUAAAUAUUCACAAAUGGAUGUGACUUUGGAUACUUGGAAGAUAAUGGUGCCCGGACAGAUUCAGAGAACGAAUUCACUUCCAUAUUUUCGCUGGUACUAUCCUUAUGAUAAUUGGCUACAUUAUCAAUGAUGAACAGAAUGAAAAAGUUGUAUAAAAAGCUCAGAUCACUACAAUUCUGUUGUAUAAAAAUAUAGAAAGAAUGAUGUAUAUAGAUUCGAAAUUUUCAUCCCGAAGAGAUACAUAUUUUUCCCUUCUUCGGUUAUUUUUCGGAUAUGAAUAAAUUUUAUAGAAUUGAA